UACAGAACCCAAAAUGAUAGGCCAAUUGUAUUUUUCAAUGGGGAUAUAAAUAAAUAUAUAAGGCAUUAGUACUAGUAAAUGAAUGAACGUAGGAAACAUUUUAUACAGUAGCUGGCAUGUUUUAUUUAAUAUUAUAAACUAAUGACAAAUUAAAAAAAUAAAUAAAUUGGCUAAAUAAAAUCAACAAAAUUAUUAUCACUUAUAAUCAUACAAAAUACUUAUCGGGAACUUUUGAAAGUCCAAAUCAUACAACGGAAAUUACCCAUGUAUACAACUAUAUACUUUUGCAGAUUUUUAUUAUUAUUAUUAGAAAUGAUGCACGCUUUAUUAAAUGCAGCAUUAUACACAAGCGAAGCAAUAGCCUGAAACAUCCAUCAGAUGGCGACAAACUACGACACGUUUCAAGUCUUUCAUCGUCUUGUUCAGCAGGUGCAUCGCUUUAUGCUUUUUGUUAUUAAAAUAUUUAUAGUACAAGAUAUUAAACGUGACACUUUAGGAAAUAGAGAUACCCGCUGAGCAUCGCCUGUCAGUCGUGACAGCAGAAUUAUAGACUGUGACUACAGAAUAGUAGACUAAGUGUAGACUGAAACGAAGUGUAAAGGACCACGACAUCUUUUUCUCACUGUUCUAAGGGAUAUACAGCCUAAAACGAACUGCUAUUAGAGCAAAAAUGCUUACACCUACAAAUAAAUGCCAUUCGUGUCCAGGCAAAAUACCAAAACAAAACAGAACAUGGACGGCGACUGCGCGCCCUCUUGCGGCGAUAAAGCGAACGACCGUUUGAGCCCUCCGAGUCUCCGUACUAAAGAAAACCUGCCUCCCGAUGCCUUUAUUCGCACACCCAUCAUCUCUCCUCGCCAAAAAAAACACAGCACGGACAGAUGAAAAUACACGGCAAAAAAUUCAGUCUCAUCACUGGAGUGUACGCUUUUGCCAAAGCCUCUGAACAACAUGGAGAUAUAUAGCAUUCCUGCAAUAUGGCAUAAUCCUUUCAUCAGUGAGCGUUUCUUUGCGAAAAAUGAAUUAAUCGCCGUUGUCGGCAGAAAAAAAUAACGCUAUCCGGCAAGUAACUCCUUCUUUUUACAUGGAUAUUAGGAGAAAAAUACAUGCACUGCACACAGAUGACACAUUUCCAGCUGAAACUGACAGUUCUUCAGAAAAACACAGUCAGCUGAAGUGAAUACAACAAAGAUGAAUCCCUUUUAGAGGAGCUCUCCGGCUUGCAGAGGAUCAAGGUGAUAUUUGUAAAUUGCAGUCCAGGAGGGUUCAGCGGUGCGGGGAGGUGACGUUGACCGGAUGCGUGUAGCGGAGCGUGCCGUGUGGCUUUGACCAUGAGCCGGCUGAUGUUGGGCCGGACCCUGGAGCGGAUUUGCAAGGCUGUGCUGUUGCUCUGCCUGGUGCACUUCCUCAUCAUGAUGAUCCUCUACUUCGAUGUCUACAGCCAGCGUUUCGACAUCUUCAGCCGCUUCAACAAUGGCCGUGGAGCAAAUAACUCUCGAGGAGCCCACCACUAUUACUACAAUUUCUCCAGCGGAAGGCCCAACACUACCUUUGCGAGCUACUUGGCCACAGCUGACCAUCUUCUGCCUAGCACCAAGCCAGAGGCAAACCACACACCGCCAACCCCAAAACCAUUACCACCAUGUCCAGAGGUCCCUCUUGGUCUUGUGGGCCGUCUCCUCAUCGAGUUCAGCUCCCAGAUAACCCUGGAGCGGGUGCAGAGGGAGAACCCGAAUGUCACAGAAGGCGGGAAAUAUACUCCUCCGGACUGCCGGCCAAAACAAAAGGUGGCCAUCAUCAUCCCUUUCAGGCACAGAGACAACCAUCUGAAAUACUGGCUUCACUAUUUGCAUCCAGUCCUGCGCAGACAGAAGAUCGACUAUGGGAUCUAUAUCAUCAACCAGCUGGGUGAGGACACCUUUAAUCGGGCCAAGCUGCUGAAUGUUGGCUACACAGAGGCUAUUAAAGACGCAGAAUACAACUGCUUCAUUUUCAGUGACGUGGACCUGAUCCCUAUGGAUGACAGAAACCUCUACCACUGUUACGACCAGCCCCGUCACUUUGCCAUUGCCAUGGACAAAUUUGGCUUCAGAUUGCCCUAUGCAGGUUAUUUUGGAGGGGUGUCCGGCCUUAGCAAAAAACAAUUCCUCAAAAUCAAUGGCUUCCCUAAUGAGUACUGGGGAUGGGGAGGUGAAGAUGAUGACAUUUACAACAGAAUCACACUCAAUGGGAUGAAAGUGUCUCGGCCCGACGUGAGAAUCGGCCGCUACAGGAUGAUCAAGCAUGAGAGAGACAAGCACAAUGAGCCAAACCCCCAGAGGUUCAGUAAGAUCCAGAACACCAAGAACACCAUGAGAAAAGAUGGCAUCAGCUCGCUCAUGUAUAGAGUGGUCUCCAUAAAGAAGUACCCGCUCUACACCAACAUUUCAGUAGAGAUCGGCAAGCCUCCUCCAAGACCCCUCAAAGGAUAGAGAGUCUAAACCCGGGACAUCAUCAUGACCUUCCUAAAGCUCAGCACACGAACACACACGUACUGUACACACACAAACUCUGCCCAGGGUCACUCUGAUGCAGCAGUGAUAUGCUGAACAGGUUAGUUCUCAGGAAUACAUGGAAGCUUAGUGAGGAUCCAUGGAUGUAGAUUUAUAUCCUGAUCCAGAUGGAGAUGUGCACAUGGAGUCUGGACAAGACAGGAGCAUCAUUUUCAUACUCCCGAUGGCUGGCUCGUUCAGACCUUGAGGGUCAAUAGGCGUUUUAGGCUGGAGCAGAAGGAUUGUUCACUUCUGUUUUUUGGUGAGUGACGUUAAUCUGCGAAGGACAGCCCGGCCACUCGAUGUAAAUCAGUCAGAAACACACUGUACAUUUUACAAGCGAAUGUGUCUUUGCACCUGCGAUGCUUGCAGCGUUCAAAUCUCUUCUUUUGUAUCUCGAGAUGUUGGUGGAACCUGUGAGGUUGACGAAUCGGUGCUUGGAUUGUGUCUCUAUCUCUUGCGCUCUUUGAUUUUUGUAUGAUCACUUGGGACUACGCUGAAUUUCGUCGAUCGUGAAAACAUUUCUCGGUGUUUCUAGGAUGAAAUCGAUGUCGGGAUAUUUUUCAUGGGGACUCUAGUGUGAUUAGACUGGAUCUGGAUGAGUCCUACAAGCACAUGGCUGUGUCAGUCGAUAUGUUAUGAAUGGCUAUCUGGAGAAUCAGCAAAGAACUUUUCCGCUGAGAGAUUUGUUGAAGUUGCCGAUGACCGAACCUCUUUAUCUUUAGCAGCACCGGCUCAAAACUUGACUGUGCCACUUUUUCUUUGUUUACUUUCAUUUGCCUCAAAGAUUCAUAUUUAGGUCUGUCAUAUAUCAAGGGAUUUUAUAAAUUCUUGAAGGGUGAAGUUAGAGAUAGGUGCUUUGACAAAUAAUGCACAUGUUGAUCAGUUCUUAAAGUCUUAACACCUCUUAUGAUGAUCAUGCUUGGAGGGUUUAAAUCUAAUAUUUCUAUUAUCAAAAAUGUUCACCCAGGGUCCAAAAUCAACAUUUUGACACUGUAAAAUAUGCUGGGUUCCACACAGUCCCUUCAUGUCAUCCCAAUGCAAAUCAAUUAAGUUAACUUUUUACAAUUUUAAGCUGAUUAAACAUAAAAUAAUUAGCCUGUCCCAAAAAAAAAACUCAAGAAUUGUUGUUUGAGCUCAUUUUAUAUAAAUAGUUAUACCAAGCAGCAAAAAGUAAUUUGAGUGCACCUUACGAUUUGAGUCAACUGAGAUAUUUUAAUGACCAUAAUUGUGAUUUACUGGCUGUGAAUCUACAGUUGAAGUCAAAAUUAUUAGCUCUUCUGUUUAAUUUUUCCAAAUAUUAACCGUCAUUUCUUCAAAACAUUUUAAACUCUUUUUAUUUUUAUUUCUAUUUACACAUUUAUUUUAUCUUUGCCAAGAUGGCAGUUCAUAAUAUAUUUUGAGUUAUUUUGCAAGAUACUAGUGCUCUUUCUUAAAAUGUAAAGACUUCCACUAGGUCAAUUAGGUUAACUUGGCAGAUAAGUUAAAUUAGGCAAGUCAGUAGUCAACAAUGGUUUGAUCUGUAGCCUAUCUAAAAAAAAAUCAGAGAUGACUGCCCAUCUACCAAACGGUUGAUCAUGUUUUUAUUGUUUUAAGUAAUAACAUCAUUGUUGGUUUACCAAAAAAAA